AUGGGGCGACGUUCAACCUCCUCCACCAAGAGUGGGAAAUUCAUGAACCCAACAGAUCAGGCCAGAAAAGAAGCCAGAAAAAGAGAGUUAAAAAAGAAUAAAAAGCAGAGAAUGAUGGUGAGAGCAGCCGUGCUUAAGAUGAAGGACCCCAGACAGAUAAUCAGAGACAUGGAGAAAUUAGAUGAGAUGGAGUUCAAUCCAGUCCAACAGCCCUUGCUGAAUGAAAAAGUGCUGAGAGACAAGCGAAAGAAGCUGCGAGAGACAUUUGAACGAAUUGUCCGACUGUAUGAGCGAGAGAAUCCUGAAACCUACAAGGAUCUGCGCAAACUAGAACUGGAAUACGAGAGUAAAAGGGGUCAGCUGGCUCUCUAUUUUGAUUCGGUCAAGAAUGCAGAGUCUGUGGAGGUAGACAGUAUUCCCUUACCAGAUAUGCCACAUGCACCAUCCAAUAUUCACAUCCAGGACAUUCCUCUACCAGGGGCUCAGCCUCCUUCCAUACUGAAGAAGGGUCCAUUUUUUGGUAGAGCGCCUCCAUUUUUGUCAAUGUUGCCACCUGUGCCACGUUUACCCCCUGGGAAGAAACCUCCCGGGCCUCCCCCUGGGCCCCCACCACCACAAAUCCUGGCAAUGUAUGGUAUUCCUUCACGACGGCCUUACGGCAGUGACUUUGAACCUUCCAUUCCCGGUUUAGAGAAGACAUCAACAGACUUGGGAAGGGAUCAGGACAGCGGCAGUGGGAGCGACAGGGAUGAUGGAGACGAUGACGACAGCGACACAGAUGACAGUGAUGACGAGCGGGAUGAAGAUGGUGAAUCAAGAAAGGGAUCUGAUCGACACGAUAAAAGAGAUGAGGAAAGAGGUCGCAGUGUCCGUUUUGCAGACAUGCCCUCAGAUGCAUCCCACGAAGGAUCAAAGAAGAAAAAGAAGUCUGGAAAGAAGAACAAGGCCAUUACUCCUCUGCAGGCAAUGAUGUUAAAGAUGGCAGGUCAAUCUAUUCCUGAAGAGGAUGAAGAAGAUGAAGUCGAGGAAGAGUACAGUGAUGAAUCAGAUAGUUCGGACGCUGAAGACAAGGCGCCGUCAGGGGAACCUAGCCAAGCUAUUGCCGGUCAGCGUAUCCCCCCUCCAAGUGGCACAGCGGGCCAACCUCCACCUUUGCAGGGACCACCAAUGAGUGGGCCUCCACCUAUGGGUCCCCCACCAGCUCCACCGUUGAGGCCUCCUGGUCCACCUUCUGGUCCACCUCCUGGCCCUCCACCAGGUGCGCCUCCGUUCUUAAGGCCACUGGGUAUUCCUGGCAUGAGGUCUCCAAUACCUCGUCUUCUACCCCCUGGACCUCCUCCCGGACGCCCACCUGGUCCACCACCUGGGCCCCCUCCCGGUCUCCCUCCAGGCCCCCCACCACGUGGACCCCCUCCAAGGUUACCACCUCCAGCACCACCUGGUAUCCCACCCCCUCCCCCAAGAGCAGGAGGCCCUCCUCGUCCCCUGGCGCCGCCUCUUGCCCUCUUUCCUCCACCUCUCAGCGCCAAUGUUCUUAGUGCUCCUCCCAGCCUCGUACAGCGACAAAAAGGCCCGGGAUCCGGCCCGGAUGGCUCGUCAAUGUCCAUGCGCUCCAGCGUCAUGCAACUGCCCCCUCCUCCCGGUACUGCUGCGGCCUCUGCUGUCAGCCACCUCCACGCAGCCACAAUUGAAAAACGGGCCAACCUCACCUCUGUGGCUGGUGCUGGCGGCCUGGCAGCAGGCGCUGGCUCCGGGGCCACCAUCUCUGCCAAACCACAAAUUAUCAAUCCCAAAGCUGAGGUCACACGGUUUGUGCCCACUGCACUGAGAGUGCGAAGGGACAAGAUUGGUCCGGCACCUGGACCAGCGAUUGGUCCGCUUGAAAAAUCUGCUGUCGGGGCAAGGAGGGGAGAUGACGGUAUGGGAGGUGUCCAUGCUCACAACAAACAACACGCCUCUGCUUCUUCCAUUGGCAUGUCUCACCCAGCUCAGAUUGGUGCUGUGGCUCAACCCAGCAUGAAGACCAAGGAUCAGGUGUAUGAAGCAUUCAUGAGAGAGAUGGAGGGACUCCUUUGA